AUGCGUCUCGACAUUGCUGUGCUCUACGCCCUCGCGGCCUCCCCACUCGCAACCGCAGCCAAAUGGAACAGCAAGGCCGCUUCCGCAGGAUAUCAAUAUGGCGCAAUCGUCUGUGCAGCCGGAGCCCUUAUUUGCAACUCCCAGGGUAUAAAGGUUGGAGCCUAUGCCCUCGGUACUGCUGGAUUCUGCUGCAGCACUGCCUCGGCGAGUGUCACUGCUUCUGAAUCCAAGGGGUUCCAGGCAGCCUGGAAGAAAUCGGCUGAGAAACUCGGCGCCGCGGCGCAGGUGACCAAAGACGGAGCUUCGAAGGUCGGAAAUUUCGUUGCAGAAUGCUCCAGUGGUGUGUGCAAGAUGGUUGCCCGGAAGAAGAAGGGGCCCGUCCUUCCAAGAAGUCCGAGGAACAGACGGGAACGGGGAGGGUAUCCGACCAACGAACGCAGGGCGGCAAGAAUGGCGCGAAGGUCGGCUGAUGGACUUGGAAGGCGAAGAUUGGCAUACGAGUAG